AGGUUCCAUUUGAUUCAAAACUCAGUAAUUUUUUGCAGUGAAAUACAAGGGUCACAUUGGUAAAGUAAAGCAUUUUUAUACUAAAACAUGGCAAGAGCAAAACAAGGGUCACAUUGGUCAUUUCAGAAACUGCCGUCCGAGUCUUCUAAUUCCGGCAAGUUGAAUCCAAUCACCGUAACUUCAUAUUCAUAUACCCCCCGAACGGACCAAAGUUUCACUCACUCUCCCGCCACCAUGACCACCGUAACGGUCACGACUCGAGCUCAGAUCCUCCGCCACACCGCCGCAUUCACCUCCUCCGUCCUCUCGCAAUCCGAACUCCGGCGCCGCCUCAUCGCCACUCUCCUCCGCGACACCCCACUCUCCGACCAAAAACACCUAAACCUCGCCGCAGACACUCUAGAGAGCGCGAUCUCGUUCUCGAGCCCCCCCACCCGCUCCUCGUCCCUCUCUCUCGCCGAGAAGCUCCUCCUCCCUCUCCCGGACUUCCCCCUCUCCUCGCUCCUCCUUUCUCUCAUCCACGCCCUUCGUAGUCGCCCUACCGAAUCCGCCGUUAGCCUCCUCCGAAUAUUCCACUCCAACAAUAACGCUUCCCUCGCUCGUUCCGAAAUCGCUCCUGCGCUCUACGAGUGCCUUUUCUCUCUCCACCUCUUCCCCGUCUUCCGCUGGUUCGAUGACCAGAGGACGCGGAUUCUCUCCUCGAGCCGUAACGAUGACGAUUACAUUUAUUCGGUAACUUCGGAGGAGUACUCCGUGUUGCUGCCUUGCGCGAAGGUGUUGUCGAAGAUGAGCGAGGAGCAGGCCGCGAAGCUCAGGGAGGUGGAGAGAGAGUACGAAGAUGUUCUCAACCAGAACUGCAUGGUUCUCGCCGAGUAUUUCAAAGAGGUUUUGGUCAACGAAAACGGUGACGCUGCUGUGGUCAGUCCACCGUCGUUGGUACUUAAGAGCGCCGCUGAAGAUGGCCACGGCGGCGGGGAGAUCAGAAAGGAGGAGAUGAUGCAAAUGAACGUGUUGGAGAACGGACGGUAUAAUAAUCCAAUAUGGUCCGAAAGGGAAGCAUCUAUUGAAUUUUUGAGCCCCAGUACCAGCAGCAGAUCUUCCCAAGCGCCAUUUUAUCCUCAAAGAGUCUUGUCCAGAAUCCUCAAGCCCCAAAAAGCUUCAAAAACUUGGACAACGCCAGUCUAUUUAAACUCAACCGCUGAUACUGAUUUUUCUUUAGAUGAGAGUUUGCUUAGUUCUUCUUCAGAUUCUGAGGCAGAAAAUGACGAGGAAAAGGACAAAACUGUUGCAUUGUUGGAGCCUCGACAAAGCCAAAUUAAGGAACAAAUGCCAACUAUCUUCAAACAAUCAAGAGGUUCCCCAGAUUAUCCAAUGGCAGACUUGGAUACCCCGCUGCAUGGAAUUGGGAAGCAUGCACAUCCCAAGGACUUUGUCUGUCCAAUAACAAGUUACAUAUUUGAUGAUCCAGUGACUCUUGAGACUGGUCAGACAUAUGAACGUAAAGCUAUCGAGGAAUGGUUCAAUAGAGGAAACUUAACCUGUCCCAUCACACGCCAGAAGCUGCAAAACACCCAGCUACCCAAAACAAAUUACGUGCUCAAACGACUAAUUGCGAGCUGGAAAGAUCGCAACCCCCAUUUGGUCCCACCAUCGUAUGAGAUUCCGUACGAAGAAACCGAGGAAGCUGUGAAGCUAACAAUCCCUUCAACUUCUCCUAAUAGCGUUAUAACGCAAGCCACGGUAGAUGGGAUGAUGAGUGAGUUACGCUGUGCAAUCAAUAACCUUUAUAUGUCAGAGGUUCUCCAGGAAUCUGAAAUGGCCGUGCUUCAAAUUGAAAAGUUCUGGAGAGGAGUGAAUGUGGGAGUGGAUAUACAUAGCAUGCUAUCGAAACCUGCGAUAAUCAAUGGAUUUAUGGAGAUCCUUUUCAAUUCUGUUGAGCCCCAGGUGCUUCAAGCAUCAGUUUUCCUUUUGGCGGAGAUGGGGUCCAGAGACAAUGCUGUUAUUAAGACUCUCACACGUGUGGACUCUGACGUGGAAUGUAUCAUGGCUCUUUUCAAGAACGGGUUGACAGAGGCUGUUGUGCUGUUGUAUCUGCUAAACCCUUCCACUGUGAAUCUUGCAGAGAUGGCAAUAGUGGAGUCUCUAAUAACAGUUUUCAAUAAGAAAGAGGAAGACUUGGUUAAGAUGUGUUUGAAGCCCAAAACAGCUGCAGUGCUUUUACUUGCACGGAUUAUUGGAAGCAGUGAAGAGAUAAUUUCAUCUUCGGUUGUCAAUACCCUUUUCUCUGAAAAAGCAAUAGGAACUAUUGUCGGCAGUUUGGGAGCUAACUUGGCAAAGGAGAGGAUUGCUGCAGUGGAGAUCUUGUUGAGAUGCAUGGAAGAAGAUGGCACUAGCAGGAACAACAUUGCUGAUAAAGCAGAGCUGACACCUCUUUUGGAAACCUUAAUCGGUGCAACUGAUGGAGAUCGAUUUAAGAUUAUUCAGUUUUUCUCUGAGUUAGUCAAAUUAAAUAGGCGGACAUUCAAUGAACAAAUCCUCCACAUUAUAAAGGAAGAAGGACCUUUUAGUACAAUGCAUACUCUUCUUAUUUAUUUGCAGACAGCCCUUCAAGAUCAAUGUCCAGUUAUGGCUGGCCUCUUACUCCAACUCGAUCUUCUGGUUGAGCCAAGAAAAAUGAGCAUAUACCGGGAAGAGGCUAUGGAUACUCUUAUUUCAUGCCUGAGAAACGCAGAUUUCCCCGUUACCCAAUUAGCAGCUGCUGAUACAGUUAUUUCACUGCAAGGGAGUUUUGACUUCUCUGGAAACCCUCUAACCAGAGAAGUCCUUCUUAAACGUGCAGGUAUCGAGAAAAGUUCCAGAAGUCUUGUACAGGUGAAUCAGAUCAGCAACUUCAGCCCAGAAAUAGAUAUAACUCCAGAAGAAGAGAAGGCAGCUGAUGAUUGGGAAAGAAGAAUUGCAUCUGUUCUAGUUAGCCAUGAGUUUGGCACUCUUUUCGAGGCUUUAGCAGAUGGCAUGAAGAGCCGAAAUCCAGAACUACGAUCAGCAUGCUUUAUAUCAGCUACAUGGCUCAUAUACAUGUUGACCAUUCUACCAGAUACAGGGAUACAAGUAGCAGCUCGAGCCUGCUUGCUGAAGCAGUUCAUAGCUAAAUUAAAUUCUACUAAGGAUGUAGAAGACAGAAUCCUUUCUAUGCUUGCUCUCAAUAGCUUUCUUCAUUUCUCUGACGGCUUAGGUGAUCUAACUUCCUACACUAAGGAUAUCAUAAAAGGGUUGAGAGAGCUAAAGAGAUCCUAUCCUCUAGCAACUAAAAUGCUAAAGGUUCUGGUUGAAGAAAAUGAAUCUAAAGCGGACAUUUGGAUACAUACACAGCUCAUAAAAGAAGACUGUAGCGAGAAUGGAGAGGUUCUGUCUGUCAUUUGCUUUAAGGAUAAAUUUUUUUCUGGACAUACAGAUGGCACUAUUAAGGUCUGGACAUUAAAGGAUAACUUAUUCUAUCUGUUGCAAGAGAUCCAAGAACAUACUAAGGCUGUGACAAACUUGGUGAUUUUAGAAUCUGAUGACAGACUAUACAGUGGUUCACUUGACCGAACUGCAAAGGUCUGGUCUAUUGGAAAGGCAGCAAUACAUUGUGUGCAGGUGCAUGAUAUGAAGGACCAGAUUCAUAAUUUAGUUGUAACCAAUAGCUUAGCUUGUUUCAUUCCGCAGGGGACUGGUGUCAAGGUUCAGUCAUUGAAUGGAGAAUCAAAGUUGUUAAAUUCUAGUAAAUAUGUGAAGUGCUUGGCUCAUGUUCAUGGGAAAUUAUACUGUGGAUGCCAUGACAGUAGUGUUCAGGAGAUACAUUUGGCCACUGGAACAGUUAACACUAUUCAAAGUGGUUAUAAAAGAUUACUUGGGAAAGCAAAUCCUAUUCGUGCACUGCAAAUUCAUGGUGAACUUGUAUAUGCAGCUGGCUCUAACUUGGAUGGAUCCGCUAUAAAGAUAUGGAACAAUUCCAAUUACAGUAUGGUUGGAUCUCUACAAACUGGAUCUGAUGUGCGGGCCAUGGCAGUGAGCUCAGAAUUGAUUUAUUUGGGGUGCAAAGGAGGUACAUUGGAAAUUUGGGAUAAGAAAAAACACAAUAGAGUUGACACGUUGCAAAUGGGUACGAAUUGUAGGGUUAAUUGCAUGGCUCUAGACGGCAAUGGAGAAGUUUUGGUAAUUGGAACUUCAGAUGGACAGAUUCAGGCUUGGGGAAUGAAUUAAAAGAAGAUGCUGAAAGUGCAGCGGUACAGGAAGACAUAGAUGAAACUUACCUUGACAUUUGACAAUAUUACAUUCAUUAAACCUUAAAAAUACUUUCAUUUUUUAGGUUCCUUGUGAGCUGUAUAUAGCUCAAACUUUAUACAUCCAAGUGCCUUGUACAUAGAUUAACUCGUACAUAUAUUGCUAUAUCAUAUGCAUGAGAUUGUCUUUUUAAUUUUUA